GUUACGCAUUUGGAUACUCGAAUUAUCAUCAUUCAUUGAUUUUAUUUUCACUGACUGAGCUCACUUUUCUUCUUUCACAAUUUUCGUUUGUUUGUUUAUGUGUUUCAUGUAAAGUUUGUCCAAGCUGAUCCAGAGAAAAAAUCGAUAACUAAUCAAUUGAUUGAAUUGCGACGUUUGCUAAUAUUUGGUACGUUAAAAGUGUGCGUUUCUAAUCGUUUUUCGGCUUCAAAUGUAAUUAAGCAAAAAAAAUGUAUUCAACAAAAUUACGAAGACAACGAUGGUCAUUUCAUCGAUAUUAUCAUCCAUUCAUUUGUUCAUUGUUAAUAUUCUUGUUGAUCAAUGAAAUGAUUAUUGAUUCAUUGCAGCAAUUUGAUGGAUAUCCCAAUAAUAAUAAUGAUGAUGCAAUCAGACAACAACAACAACAAAAUGAACAAUUUCAAUUUAAUUAUCAACAAGGUGAUCAACAUCAUAUUGUUAAACGUAAAUUAAAAAUGAAAUCAAUUUUCGGUGGUAAAUCAAAAUCAAAACCAAAACCAAGACCAUCAUCAUCAUCAAAUCCGUAUCCAAGACAACCAUCAUCUAAUCCAUCUUAUCCUAGUUCUGGUGGUUCAAAUCCUUAUCCAAAACAACCAGCAUAUAAUCCAAAUUAUCCAGGAUCAUCAAGUGGUCAUCCAGUUGGUCCACCACCACCAUAUCCAGGAUCAUCAUCACAUGGUGCAAGUGGUGGUUAUCCAGCUGGUCCACCACCACCUUAUCCAGGAUUAAAUACAGGUCGUGGUGGUGGUGCUGCUGGUUAUCCACAACAAUCAAAUUAUCCAAGAUAUCCACAACAAUCUGCCCAAAAUCCUUCUUAUCCUGGAUAUCAAAAUCGACCAUUCGGUACUGGAAAUACAUUUGGCAAUAAUCAUUAUGGCGGUGGUGGAUUCGGUGGAAGUGGAUUCGGUACCGGUGGUGGUUAUCGUAAAGGUAAAGGUCUUAAUAUUGGCCGUAGUAUUGGUACAGCUGGUUUUGGUGCAUUAGCCGGUACUGCACUUGGUGCAUAUGGUGGUUAUAAAUUAGGCCGUAUGGUUGGUAAUCUUGGUCGUAUGGGACAUUAUGGUUAUUAUAAUGAUCAAGGACGUUAUAUGCGUUGUGAACCACCAAGAAAUAUUAAAAUUGAUCCAGAAACAAAUAUAUCAUACAUUCCAUUAGAUGAUGCAUAUGAUCGUCGUUGUUCAUAUUUUGAUCGACCACCACCACAAAUGAUUGAACCAUCAAUGUUAAUAUCGGCUGCUAAUCAUUUGAAUAUUACACCACUAUCAAUUAUAUUUAUUCUUACAAUAUUUAUACAAAUUUUCACCUCAAAUCGACGAUGAUUUGAAAAUCCUAAAUAAUCCUGAAGAAUAUUCUUGAUUCUUG